GUAUUUCCUGCAAACUCCCGUCAUCAUUUGUCCCGCCUUUUGUGGAAAGUACGCACGCCAUUGGUGAGGCCAAAGAAGAAUAUAGGCUACGAUUCGCCCUCGACUCUUGUCACUCAAAUCGUUGAGGCGAAACAGUUACGAAAGCUUCACGUCCUGUAACAGGCAGGCACGUCCUUUAGAUUGUAAUUUCUUGUAGGUUAAACCGGCGAUAGUACUACUACAGCUCAUUUAGUCCAGUUCAUUAAGGCGUUAGUGACUUGCAGCAGACCAUAAAGCUUCUGCAGUUGUUCAAUGGUUGUAUAGAUUCAUCUUCUGUGAAGUUAGCUUGGAGCUAGUAGUUAGCAAGCAGCGGCUUUUUUCACCCACUGGAAACUUCUCAGAUGAUAAAGCCUUUGCAGUGUGUCUCUGCAGUUCUUCAGUAAGCCCUUAACUCAAAAUGCACCCUGACCUGUCACCUCACCUUCACACAGAUGAGUGUAAUGAACUAAUAAGUAAACUGAGACAGUGCCACAACGAGCACAAUAUUCUGAAGUUCUUUGGCACAUGUAACGAUGUGGACCGUGCCAUGCGUCAGUGUCUGGAGAAAGAGAGACUGGAAAAGCGGGAGCGCAGCAAGCAGCAUGCGAUAGAGAUGAAGAAGAGGCUGAAAGAAGGACCUAAAGACCGUCUCUAAGGGACAUUUUACUGCAACUGUGCCACUGGCACAGCAAGUUAAACCUACUGAGAUUUUGGCACACUGAAUGAAGCUUGACACUCUGUACCAGGCUUCUUCAGCUGACAUUUCAUGUCAGGACAAAUGAAGAGCUUUUUCUUUAUAAGCAGUGUGGGUGAUUUCAUUUAAUGGUGUGCGUCUCCAAGAACAAAAUGGUAAUCUUGCCAUGUUGAUGCUUAUAUUACUGGUAUUUUUAAAGUUUUAUUGAACAGCAAGUAAGCUCAAUUAAGCUUACAUGGGUAUUUUGUAUCAGCUACAUAGACUAAAACUUGAAGUGUUGACAACAAUGUCAAGAGGUCAACAUAAAAAAACCAUCUAGUACUUGAGAUUGAAGAUUGAGUUUGGGGAUUAUUAUUCCCCCACCCCAUCUCUUGUAGCGGACUACUGCUCCAUCACUGAUGUGUCUGUUGGCACAAAACCACAGCAAUGAUUACUCUGUUAACGUAUAACAGUAUCUAUUGUUGAAGAUUUCUUUGAAUUGGGAAUCAUAAAGUAAAACUCUGAAUUAAUGUAAGAACCUGUUCUUGCUUUAACAUGGUGCCACAACACCGCGGGACACAGUAUCAGUUUCGCAGCAUGUAACACAUGUAGCAUUUAUAUGCAUUUUGCUAACAAAAUGAUCGACAUGAGCCUUUUCUCUUUUUUUUGGUAAUUAAAACCACAUCAGAAGUGUGAGGUUUUCUCUGAGUGUUAGGUAAGGUUAGGCUAGCUGUGCAAACCAUACGCAGAAGCCUUGUGUUUGUGCAAAUGUAAAAACAUGUUGUCAAA